AUGCUGUCCCUAAGAGUAAAAGCACGCAGUUUGCUUGGAACUCAACUGCGGCGUUUGUUAAAUAGCAGCACACAUCGCUGUUUAACUCUGUCGGCUACAUACAAUGCGGCUCAAAAUGUUUAUAAGAACGAGAAAGAAUGCUUAGUGAUCAAGUGGAACGACGGCAAUGUCGAUGAAUUUCCACAUGUUUAUCUUCGCGAGAAUUGCCGUUGUGCAGCAUGUUAUACAGAUGAAAGGAAAUCACGUACAAUGUAUUCGCCGAAGGAAGUUAAUCUCGAUAUUACAGCAGAGUCGGCUGUCUGGAAUACUGAGGAUGAUCAGUUGGAAGUUAAUUGGGAAGAUGGUCAUACGAGUCAUUAUUCAUUUGAAUGGUUAAAGUAUUUGAGGUAUGUAGUCGCUGCAAUCAUACUCGACAAUCUCAAUGACCCAAGCGAUAAUUAG